AUGAAGCCUCUGCUCAUGCCAAAGCCUCUGCUGCACAGCUGGUUCCCAGACGUACGCCUCCCGCUCAACGUCAGCCUGCAGCUGGAGGUGGACGGGCAGCCCUGGGGAGAUAGGUUUGACACCACGAUCAACCGUGGGUUCGGCUUUGGAAAGGGCGUGCGCACUCUGCGGGAGCUGGAGGGCUGGCGGUUGACCGCCAUCCGGCGCGCGGCCGGCCGCAACGCGCUCGACCUCAUCCUCACCGGCAGCGGUCACCAGCAGCAGCAGCAGGAGCAGCAGCAGCAGCAGGAGCAGCAGCAGCAGGAGCAGGAGCAGGAGCAGGAGCAGCACAUGCAGCGCAAGGCGCACGAGCCAGCUGCUGUUCUGCGGCUGCGCCGCGGGGCCAUCUGCGAUGCGGCCGCGCACGGCGUGGCGCCUGCGGCGGCUGCGGCGACUGCGGCGGCUGCGGCGGCUGCGGCGGCUGCGGCGGCUGCAGCUCAGGUGCAGCCGGCCGCGGUCGUGGCGGGGGCGCAGGGGGAGGGGGCAGUCGCUGCGGUCCUGGUCGGCCUUUGUCUGGAGGAGGUGCCCCUGCCCGCGGCGCCCUCCCCGGGGGCCAGCGCUGAGGUGGCCGCUGCGGCCUCGGAGGCGCUGCAAGAAGCUGCCUUCCGGGCGUAUGAGGAAGCGCUGCGCGCAGCCGAGGCGCUGGGCCUGCCGCCCGAGCGCGUUGACGCGGUGUGCGGCGGCGUGCAGGCAGCGACCGAGGAGGCGGGCGGGUGCCGGCGGUUCCUGGGGAUGGAGUACCCGCGGCUGCGGCGCGCGUGCGCGGCGGGGGCGGUGGAUGUCGUGGCCGCGUGGAUGGAGCGGGUGGCGGCGCGUGGCUGCUGA